AUGGAAAAGACCAAAACAAAGCAAGGAGAGAAUGAACAUAUACCGAUGAAUAAUCCUUCCACACAGAUUUACCAGUUGCAGGCCUUGGCCUCUGAACUGAAAACUGGUUUCACAGAAGCAAUGCAAGAACUGUCCAGAAUUCAACAUGGCGAGUAUGCUUUGGAAGAGAAGGUUAAGAGUUGCCGAUGUUCCAUGGAAGAAAAAGUUACUGAGAUGAAGAAUUCGUUAAACUAUUUCAAGGAAGAGCUGAGCAAUGCCAUGUCAAUGAUUCAGGCCAUCACUUCCAAACAGGAAGAAAUGCAACAGAAAAUUGAACAGCUUCAGCAGGAAAAGCGAAGAGAAUCUCGGAAAGUUAAAGCCAAGAAAACUCAAAAAGAAGAACAUGGCUCACAGGCGGGGCCUGCUCAAGCACAAGGAAGUCCUUUCCGUUCAAUCAAUAUCCCUGAACCUGUUCUUCCAAGUGAAGACUUUACAAACCUUUUGACUUCUCAGGCCUAUGAAAAAGCUCAAGAGUCCCGAUCCAUGCAUGUAGGAGACAGUAAUGUGAAGGGGAUGAUGGGUCCUGGAAUGAACCCAACAACUCCUGAAGCGGAAGAAAACCUUAAGCCUUGUCUUUCGGCUGAUAUCCAGCCCAAAGGCCAUCUCUCAUCUGGUGUGUGGAGGCAGCCCAAGGAUGGUAAAGAAUGGGGAGAAGAAUAUGUCACGAAAGACCACCCAGAUAAACUCAAGGACGCUGGCCAGCCCAGGCACAGUUCUCUGGAAAAUGUUUUAUGCGAAACCUCUUUAGCUGCUAAAAGACAGACCGUGGCUCUAGAACUGCUUGAAUCGGAAAGAAAAUACGUCAUCAACAUCUCUCUGAUCCUGAAGAUCAAGGCAACGUUCCAAGGGUCAGAUGGAAAGAGGAAUUCCAAAGAGAGAAGCCUCUUCCCUGGUUCUUUACGGUACCUUGUCCAGCAGCACCUCGAUUUGCUCCAUGCUCUGCAGGAAAGGGUCUUGAAGUGGCCACGCCAAGGAGUUCUUGGAGAUUUAUUCCUUAAAUUAACAAAUGAUGAGAAUAAUUUCUUGGAUUAUUAUGUUGCCUACCUGAGGGACCUACCUGAAUGCAUCUCUUUGGUUCAUGUUGUUGUUCUGAAGGAGGGUGACGAAGAGAUUAAAUCUGACAUCUACACACUGUUUUUUCACAUAGUCCAGCGCAUCCCUGAAUACCUGAUACAUCUGCAGAACGUCCUGAAGUUCACAGAGCAGGAACACCCUGACUAUUAUCUACUUCUGGUGUGUGUUCAGCGCCUUCGAGUAUUUAUCUCGCAUUACACCCUGCUGUUUCAAUGCAAUGAGGAUUUGCUUAUUCAGAAACGGAAAAAGCUCAAGAAGUCAUCCAUGGCGAAGCUGUACAAAGGCCUGGCUUCCCAGUGUGCAAACACUGGACAAGAUGCUUCCCCCACUGCAGGCCCUGAGGCUGUCCGCGACAGCGGGAUCCACUCAGAAGAGAUGCUGCAACCCUACCCUUCUGCUCCCAGCUCUGGCCCUGCUGUCACACAUUUGAUGCCUCCAGUGAAGAAAAGCCAACAACAGCAAAGCUUGAUGGAGAGCAUGCAGCCCGGGAAGCCCAGCGAGUGGGAGAUGGAGGGCAGAAAGCACGAGAGGCCCGAGAGCCUCCUGGCGCCAGCGCAGUUCUGUGCAGCCGAGCAGGACGUGAAGGCGCUGGCCGGGCCCCUGCAGGCCAUCCCCGAGAUGGACUUCGAGCCCUCGCCCGCCGAGCCGCUGGGCAACGUGGAGCCCUGCUCCACUCCUCGACACGCACUAGCUAGUAGCUACUUGCUCGUAGCUAGGGAAGAGGCAGGUGGCUCCAUCUCACAGUGGACUCCCUGCAAAGUCAGCGGCAAAGCGAAGUUCAUUUCUGCUUGCUUACCUUGUGCCUGGGAAAGGGAGAUGCAUUUAGAAGAUACCACCAGAUUCUGUCCAAAGGAAGAAAGAGAGAGCGAACAGACCUCUUUCAGCGAUCAAAACCCCAGGCAAGACCAGAAAGGGGGCUUUCGCAGCUCCUUCCGCAAGCUCUUUAAAAAGAAGUCCAGUGGAUCAGAAUACAGGGAAAAAACUAAUGAGAAUCCCUCAAUGGAUCCUUCACCCACCAAACAAGAUUUCUUCAGAAACCGACUUGCUCUUGCAAAUGACCUUGACCAAGGAACAGCUGUGUAA